AUGGAUACGGGGAAAGCCGGCUCAAUUCUCGAAGGUAGACACCGGCGGCAGAGGCGAAAGUCUAUUUCGAUUCUCGAAGGUCGAUUUCAAUUAUCGAAGGCAGACGGAGGCGGAGGUGUGGAUGAAGGUCGAAGUAUCAAAGAGGUGAGAUUGAGCAAGAAAGGUGUGACAAUGAGAUGUUCAAUCUGCAAGCAACCAAACCACAAUUCAAAGGGUUGCCACAAAAAUAAGAGAAAUGAUGUGCCUGCUCCAGUUCAAACAGAAUCAACUGCAAAGAAGAGAAAGAGAAAGAGUCCUAGCAAAUCCAACUUUGAAGGGAAUGAUUUGCAGAGCAUAAGGAAGAGUCCUAGACUGAAGGAGAAAUCCCAAAGAGUUGAAGGAGAGAAAAGCAUCAAAGCUGGAGGAUCCUCACAAGAGCCAGCAAAAAAGGGUAAACACAACAAAGUUGGAGAAUCCUCACAAAAUCCAGGAAAUGGAAACGGAAAAGAAAUAGUCAUUGCUGGAAAUGAUGGUGUCAAAGCUAACUUGCCAGUGAAAAGGAGCUUGAGGCUACAAGGUCUUGUUGGUGAAAAGCCACAAGCUCUUACACAACCUGUUAGGCCACAAGGAAGGAGCAGCAUGCUUGAUGGUGUGAGAUUUUCCACAAGAAAAAGGGUUGCAUACUCUCAAGACUAG